AACCUUAGUUACGAUCACCCAUCAUCAUGGCCGCCGCCGUAAACUCUCAUACUUACUACUGUGAAGAUCACCACGCUAUCAAGGACUGCUGGCGAUGAGGUGUUAAAAUCCAUGGCAACUUCUUCUACUUACCAGCUCAUGUUGAAGGCGGCGCCGAAGACUUGUACACCCUGCAGGUCACGUUGUGACGGUGUCUAUCCAACCUGUGGGUCGUGCUCGAAGGCGCGCAAGUCAGUGAAUUGCGUCUACAUCGACCCCGUUCCCACGGCCUCAAAAGGUGACCUCCUGCAGAAAGGAGCAGCUUGCAAAUGCGACGCCAGUCGGCCCUUUUGCUCUACAUGUCGAAUCGCAAACAAGGAGGACGAUUGUCAAUAUGACGAUGGCGUGCAUCGAAGUAUCAAGGCUGAACUCUACGAUCGUAUAAGGGAACUUGAAGAACGUCUGAGAGUCUACGAAUCCCAGGACAAGUGUAUCUCGGACUCAGACUCAUCAUCUAGUCGGUCUAGCUCGGAAAGACCUCUCAGCGAACCUAUAUUACCCACCAAGGACGAAACUCUCUCUACGCUAUUUAUCGAAGGAUCCGCCAACCAAUCCACAGCUGCAACAGUCCUCGAUAUAAUCCCACCAUACGCAGAUCUUUUAACAGGUGACCCAUUCAACUUGAUGUCGCCAAUACCUAUAGACAAAGGUGGAAUGGAAGUGUUCCACAUGUCUGAUCUCACUCCGAUGCGCGAAAUUUUUUUUUCCUAUAGAGCCCAAUUGGGAGUUUGCUUGUCAGAUGAGAAGUUAUUCGCAGUCAGCCGUGGGGACGUAUCAAACACUGUUGUACAUCCUGUUAUGGUCCAUGUUGCCCAGCUAUGGGGUGCCCUGGUACAGGAGGAAUCCUCAUAUUUCAGAACGAUCACCGAGUCCAUGCAACUGCAAAGCGGCCGCGAAUAUCUACUCAAAUCGGCCCACCUCGUGAUGCAGUAUGACCUCCAUCUAGUCAGGUCAUCACGCUCAACUUCAAACAACGAUACUAUUACUAUACCUGCUACUGAGGACGAGAUUGGAGCUAUAUUGCAAGUGUUAUACGUGGACAAGGCGGCUCAUGUUCAAUUCCAUGUUCCUUGCCUCUUCCAACCAGAAUUCGAUUCGGAGCUGUACUUGUUGUCGGAAUUCCAUUCUACCAUUCCGAUUGAUAUCUUUGCAGUCUGUGCAAGGACGACUGCUGCAACGUAUAUUCAAGAAGUUCAACAGCUAAUUUGUCUUUGGGAGGAUGAGCAAUGCUGCUCGACCCGUUCAAGCCGAAGUAUUAUCAAGUAUUGGGAUCUUAUGCGAAGGAUACAUCUUCAUUUAUCUCGCGUUCAACCGCGCAUGUUGAACAUAGGACUUGACGUUGAUGAACACUUUUUUCGAGCACUGAAGGUGGCGGAGAUUGUCGACAUAACUGCCUUGACAGAACUUCAUCUUUUACUAGGGUCUACGAAUCUAGAGUCCCGUCAGGCAUGCGUUAACCUAGCUGGCCAGAUGGUCGGCCAGUUUUCAACUUAUAUGGAUGAAGACUACGGUCGUCUGGACCCAAUACUGACGCUACCACUACGGGCUUGCAUGAAAGUGCUUCGACAAGAGUUCAAUAUAUCCCCUUCCCUACUUUCUGUUGAGGUAAUCCACGAAAUGCACGCGGUCGUGCAGACUACGACCAACAAGCUGCGGAGAAAGCUACCCUAUAUAGAUGUGUCUUUUGACUUGUAAUAGGCUUUUACUGUGACCUGUGUUUGAGCUCAACUUAUAUCUUCGUAAUUGCCGUCAGUGUUCGAUUGUAUUACUUGUAUUUUUAUUCGACUGUCAUUGCCUAAAUGUCAUGCUUUGGAAGGUCUGCACCGGAUUUUGGCCAAGAUUAGAGACAGCCCUUGUUCGGGAAAUUCCGAGCUUCGGGCCGUGUCGCGAUCAUACACGUGACAUUAGAAACACUGCCGGGA